AUGCGCUCUCUGGCAUACUUCUUCCGUCGGCCUCGUGUGCCUCUCCCCCCUCCUCCCCCAGGACAUCCCGUCACGAUGCAUUCCUGGAACCGGGCUUUGCCCUCUUCUUCGUCCUCCGCCAUUCUUGGGCGCCCUGUCACAGCGCAUUCCCAGGCGAAGGUCACCCCGCUUCGAUCUUGUCUGAAGGUCCGGUCCGAUAGUGUCCCCACUGCCUUUUCACCACCCUCGGGUGCGAUGAAGAAGUCAGUACGCUUCGGUCCCAGUCAGUUCGUCGAAAUUCCCGCUCGAGAAGGACCCCCGCGUAAAACACGCAAGAAGAAACGUCGUCAAGCCAAGAAACGAGUGGUUCACCAACCCUCUCCGCGAUUUGAUGCUCGCGCCUUGGGUAGUUCGUGGUCCGCCAUGUCCCCCGCUGUUGCAUCGAUCGCCAUGCGACGUUCCUUGCUGUUAAAGAGUACCCCGAUCACUCCUCACCGCUCACCCAUGUCUGUGUUUGCACCCAGCAAGCAACGACAAGUCCUAGCUCACAGCUUCCGGACUGGCGGUCUCCGGGCUUCGCAGUUCUUGAGUGUCCGUCCCCCGAUGCCAAAACCUGUUGGCUUUGCACCACAGCGUGUUCUUGCACCCAGCAAGUUGCAAUCUGUGCCUGCACUGCCUUCUCAGGUUUCAGUCGUCCGUUGUCCCCCAAAGACCUCGAUGUCUGAGGUUGUUGAUGCCUUCUCAGCUGGUGUUUCACCGAUCCUGAUUCAACUCCUCUUCCUCAUCCUGGUUCUUCUCGGCUUCUGCUUCCCCGGCAUCUGGGACAUCCUUCUUUUGGCCUUGGUUGUCUAUAUGGCUUUUCAGAAAGAGACCCCCCGACGUCCCUCUCCCUGGUGUGCGCCUCCCGUGGGCGGGCAGGGCGAUUCGUCUCGUCGGCUCCCUAGGUCAUAUUCUGCCUUGUCUGAUGUACGCCCUUCGCGGGCGGGCAGAUAA